GAUGCCUUGCGGUGUCCCGCUAGCGCUCAGCUCAUAUUUACUCGCUUGAGAGCAGAGCUGCUGCUGCUGCUGAUGUAACGGGCCACACUCAACUUCAGCGCGCGGACCCUCCUAACGGGACUACAUUUACGGACGUCAAAGGAAGGGAGUCUUUACGAAACGUUAAAAGGAAAACCACACCGUUUGCUUAAAUCUCGGUUCUGGUCUGGCGGAGAUAAGUGAACCCGGACUGAGGACUGAAGCGGUCCGGGACUGCAGACACACGCAGCAGUGAUAAGAGCAGCAUGCAGACCAGAGAGCUAGUAACGGGUGCCUGCAGAGGUGAGGAAUGACAUCAUCCAGAUGAGAGGCAUGGAGCUGAAGGUAUGGGUGGAUGGAGUGCAGCGCAUCGUCUGCGGGGUCACAGAAGUCACUACAUGUCAAGAGGUUGUCAUCGCUUUGGCCCAAGCAAUAGGGCGGACUGGUCGCUACACACUGAUUGAAAAAUGGCGCGAGACAGAGAGGCACUUGGCGCCGCAUGAGAAUCCUGUAGUUUCUCUAAACAAGUGGGGCCAGUACGCUAGUGAUGUGCAGUUGGUGCUUCAACGUACAGGCCCAUCUCUGAGUGAGCGUCCCACAUCGGACACCUCUGCAAGAGCCCCUGAGCGCAGCUUAUACCGCCAAAGUCUCCCUCCCAUGGCAAAGCUCCGCCCCACUGCCCAUGACCGUUCUCUCAAACGUCGUGAACCAAAACGCAAGUCCCUCACUUUCACCGGUGGUGCCAAGGGGUUACGUGACAUCUUUGGGAAGAGUCGUGAGGGUGAGACCAAGCAGAGAACAGUUAACACAAUACGAAGCAGCACUCCAGCCCCUACCCAGGAGCUGUCCAGCCUGGUGCAGUUGCAGAAGGACAAGUUGUGCAUCCUAGAGCAGAAACUGCAAUCCUGCGAGACUGAGUUACAGCAGCAACUGACAGAUGAAGAAGAAGAGGAACUGAUCAAACUAGAGCAGCAGGUCCGAAGGAAUGAAGCGGAGAUGAAGGAGCAUGAAUUCUGGGAGAAUGAGCUGAAGAUUGAGCAGGACAAUGAAAGGCAACUUCGUGAGCAGCUGCAGGAGCUGCGCAGCCGUGUUCAGGAGUGCGAGGAGCAACUAGGAGAGUACCUGGCACGUAUUCAGUGCAUGGAAGCAGGCCUGGAGGCAGAGCGCUUGCAACAAGAGCUGAUGGAGACACGAUUAGCGGAUGAAAUGGAGGUCCGGUCGCGACUGGAUAAGGCUCGUGCUGAGCUGGACAUGCAAGUGCAGCAGGCUGCAAGACUGGAGAGCAGCUGCAGAGCUGUGGAGCUCUCACUUGGCCAGUCAAACAUUAGACUACAGGAGAGAGAACAGGAACUGGAACAGUUAACUAAGGAGCUGAGGCAGGUCAACCUUCAACAGUUUAUCCAACAGACUGGCACCAAAGUAACAGUUCUACCAGCUGACCCUGGUGAUGAGGAAGCUAACACGGAGUCAGAUAAUCAGUCAGGAUCUCUGAAGCGGCUUGGAUCAGCUCGACAACUUCCCGCUGACCUACGAGCACUUCAGAGCCCGCUGAACACGACCUUUAACCCAGAAGGCAUCUACGUCUGAUUUUGCACCUGGCAUCAACAUUUAAACAAAAUCUGCACUUCCUAAAUGACUCCAUAUCACCAUGAAGAUUUCCUUUUGGAUCAUACUUCCUGGAAUUACAGUAGUGUAUGCUGUUUAAAGAUUCAUCAACAAGCAGCGAGUGUUUUUUAAUGGUGAAGAUUGCUUCCUCUUGAUGUCUGUUUGACUAAUCCAACCCAAUCAGUGCUUUCUCCAAAUCCUACAAAGACAUCUCCAGCUGAAUGUAUGCUCACUUUCACUGGACCCAAAGCGCAGUAAGGCUUUGAAUAUGUCUCGAACAUGGCAACUACUGGACUCGUACUGAAAAACAGACAGAAUCCAUGCUGCCUCAGUCUAUGCUCAAUCCAUCAAUCUUCUGGUGCAAGUUAGAAAAAUGCAGCAUCAUGAUGUCUUUCAUUUCUGGAAUGUUUCUGAAUCUCCAGGUAAACCUCAUACUCGAUGCGAUAAUGCAAGCAGCAGGAAUUUUAGGGAGAUGCAAAGAUAAAUUAUGCAGUUUAUAUUUUAUGGCUCAUCGUUGUGAUGAAAGCUCAAGGAAAAGGGGUGGUGUUGCGCCUUAGUUUGCACUUUAUUGGCCAAAACAUCUGCUGUGGAAUUUUACUGAAAGAGCUGAAGAAACAUUUUCGACGUUUGAUCACACUAAUCAGGAAAACAGGUGCAUGCAAUAUUUUAAAACCGUGUGAGAGCGAGUAAGAGAGGUGUUUUUGCAUGAAAGCAGCUUGUGGCAAGUGAAAUAUGUUACUUUUUAAAAUAAAGCAAAGGAACGUUGUUUUGUGACGAACAGCUUUAGUUUUAAAUAGAAUUCUUUUAAAUUAUGCAAGUACAUUGUAGUUACUCACAAGUCGUAAUGAGUGGCUUAUUAGAUCAGUGUGUUCUUAAGCUUUCAAGUGGACCUUUUUGGCCAAUAAAUGCAUUUUAUUUCUGACACUGAAUAGUUUUAUUUUUUUAUUUAGCUGAUCUCACUAAAAUCCUUAUAUCUUUUCCCCCACAUACUAGCAAAUACCACACCAUUUGCAUAUAUUUGAAGAAAAUAUUUAGAGUUUUUACUGGUUUUUAGAACUUUAUUUCUUAUCAAACCAAAGUGUUUUGGAAGUCAUUAAUAUCUGCAUGAAUGUAAAGGUUUGUAAUUGUGCGUAUGUGCAAAAGGAAGCAGCUCCAAAAUAUUAUGCUGAUGACUUUUUUUUUUUUUAUUGUAGUAGCACCUGCUUCCCUUAAAGCUAUAUUCAUACAGAUGCAGAAUGACAUUUAUUUUUACAUUUAAUAUGGCCAUAAGAAGUGAGAUGUUGGAAAUGUCUGUAAGGACUUGCUCAUUUAGAUUUGCUAUGUAGCUUCUGGACUUGUUUUGACAUUUUAGUAAACUAAUAAAGCUUACAGAUAUAUAUAUUUUUUUUUUCUCCAGAAAACACUAGUUUGCCAAAAGCCAAAAUUUUAAUGUGAUGUUCUUGGAUGACUGAAUCAUUUAAACAAAUAACAGGUUUGGUUUAAAGCUUUGCUAACAGUAUCUAUACAUUAAAAGCAAAAACCCUCUGCUUCUACAUUUUUAUUUUUGGAGAAGUCUUGUUUAUUUCACACAGAACUGUGGCUUAGAUGAUCUUCAAAAGAGAAUUUGGCUGACUUGAAGAACAAAACCCAUCUCGAUGUGACAAGGGGAACGUUUCAGAAGCAUGCUUUACUCAAAGAAAAAAAGUGUAAAUAGCAUAUAACAACAUAUCAAUAAGUAGCAAAGUGGACUAUUUUUAACAGAUGAAAAAAAUCUCUAAACAGCUAAAGUAAACUAAAUAUGUUUAUUUUUUAGCAUUGUUAGGAUGCAUGCACUGACGUUCAGUUUUAAGCUUGUGUGGGAGGCCUGAGGAUCCACCUAUGGCACUUAAUACUCAACUUGCUGUAUUAAGGUGUAAUAUGAACUGCACUAAAUGCCUGUAUAAAUAUCUGUGCAGUCGUAACAGGCUUGAGGUAUGGGACUGAUGUUGUGCAUUAGAAAUUAACAGUUUGUAUUUUAUCGCCUGCUGCUAUGCACACAGGUGUGACUAAAACAUUAAGCUCAGCUGAAAGUUGUUAAGAUCCGACGGCAUAAUGGUCUGAUAUCUCUGGAUCCCAAGUUUUAACCUUUAAUGCAGUACCAAAAUCUCUUUGGCCAACAGACUUCUAUUUAGCUCUUUUUUUAACCAGUUGUUAUUUGAACUAUUUCCUCUUUGAAAAGUGUCAGAUGUCUGGAAAAUGAUUUAUGUUGACAUGUUUAUCGAGCAGCAUAAACUAUUUAUGGCAUCAGUGGAAAAGGUGCAUUAACACUGUAAGAAAUGAAAUAAAUUUGGAGUAGAGCA